UCAUGUGACUAAACAGGAAAACAAAGAAUUUGUACAGCUUUUAUUUUUUUCUACUAACAAAGAAGUAAAACUCAAACAUACCAUAUAUCAUUCUCGUCUGCUUGAACCUUGGGUCAACACCUGAACGUGGACUGAGGUGGAACUCUACCAUCUCCACCCACUGAUAAGAUGAACCAUAAACCUUUGAGCUGCAACACGUCACCAUCAGCUGACUUUAAAGGUUUGUUUUCGUCAACUGAAACCAGCAGAGAGCUCAGAGGUCCAUCAGCUUUAACAGAAGCAGGAUGAAGAGAGGAGCCCAGGUUGGUCUGGCAGGUCUGUGUAAUACUGGACUGGAGCUGGAGGACAUGACAGGAAGAACCGUCCAGGAAUCUGGGUGUCCGCAGGGAUCCAGGUCCUCGGUGUCAGCAGCAGCUUGGUGGGUGUCUUAUUACAGAGGUCGGUGGAGGCAGGAAAGAAGAAAGCUUACAGGAUUUCAGGUAGAGGUCAAAUACUGUGGUCUGGCUGAGGAUGAUGAAGAUGACAAAGAGCAGAGGGACAAAACAGACAACAUCAACAAAAACCAACAACUCAACAAAAAACUGCUCGAUCACUUCAGACACCUGGCUGCAUCCAACCAGGACACUGACCAGGUGGACCUUCAGCUUCUGGACCGGGCGAUCUCAGACGGAGCUGAUCCAAACGCCUCAGACAGAUAUGGACAGACCGUCCUGCACGAGAUCUCCAGAGCGUGGAGAGUGGAUGUGAUGCGGUUCUUCCUAGACCGGGGCUCAGACCUCCUGCGCCCGGAUCAGUUUGGAGUCACUGUGCUGCAUGUGGCCUCGGCGCUGGACUAUCAGGGCAUGAUCCAGUUCCUGCUGGACCGAAAAGCUGAUCCGGAGGCUCGCACCUUUCUGGACCAGCAGACCCCGCUUCACUACGCUGCAAAGAACGAUGCCAUUGGUUCGAUCAGGCUUCUGCUGCAGGCCGGAGCCUCCAUCGGCUGCACCAACUACAAACACAGGACACCGCUGCAGCUCGCCGCUAACGCAGCUGCAGAUGGUGAUUCAGGAGGAGAAACUGGAUCUCAUCAUGAAUCCCAUCUUCCUCAAACUGAUCCAGGUCAAAUGGAAUCUCUACGGCAGGACUGGUGGCGUGUCCUCUUUGUGGUCCUGGCGCUCCUGUUGACCCUAGAGGAAGUGCUAAGGGAGGUGUGGGACACCCUGCGCUCAAGGAAGAAGCUCCACCUCUGGCAGCAGUUGGUGAAUGACAGGGGAUUUCUUUAAAUCACCCCGUAGUUCUUCAGCUAAGAUUCUUGAGUUAGAAAACACAAACACUGCAGUUGUCUUUCACUCGCGAGGGGCAGUCAUGGAACACAAGAUCUCCGCCUCAUGACUGUCUGCGUCCUUUAUUUAUACAAGAUUGUUCUGUGUGUGUGUGUGUGUGUACAAAGAUAACAACGUCACUCAGAGCAGCAGGUUUUUCCCUUUUCUACAUCUGUAUGUUCUUGUAAAAGAGCUUAGGUUUCUUUUCUCUACAUCUAAAUGUUCUCUGAAAACAGGAAGCGGUUAGUAGCUGAAUAAGUUCAUCACACAAGUUACUAGGUGAAAAGUCACGUAGACAUGUGCUUAAUGAUAUAUGAAAGAAUACAUUUCAUGUAGCUGAUCACAUACACAAUUUUCUUCUGACAGUGAAGCAUCGUCUCCAGAGUGACCUGAGCUGCUCACAUCCCAUGUGGCCACAGGAGAGAGAGUUUCUACUGAACCAGUUCAAACUGGUCGACAGGAAGAGAGGAAGCUACUGCCGGGACCUAUGGAGGAGAGCGGAACACUGGACUGCAGGACGCACGGGGUGUGCGUAGGCACAGGGGCAGAGAGCACGGGAUACCAGCACUUAGGAGAAGACACGUCACGGGAGUCAAGGGAGCACUCAGGAGAUUUAUUGUGUGGUGUACAUUUACCUCACUGUAAAUAAAUGCACUGCUCAUUCCACUAA